CUCAAAACCUGCAUGCCCUUCAACCGCCAUCGCCGGACGGAAGCCUCGACGACGACGAGCACAGAAGGGCAGAACACUCGUGUCUUCAGCUCCAACGGCUAAAAAUAAACGGGGCUAAAUUACAGGGCCCCCACCAACAUCGCCGAGAGACCAUGCCUAUUUACGAACACCUUCGUUCGUCUCCCGUCCCCUCCCCUCCUUAGCACGCGCGCGCCGGCUCCGCAUAUCGCCAUGCCAUUUCCAAGAAAAUCUUGCAAGAAGAGUGCAAGCGAGAACGUGAUCACAUAAAGGUUGAGCCAAAGAUUCGAUCUUUGCGAGGAAGGAACUGAAGGGAGAUUUGUUUGGUGGAGGACUUGUGUUGUUUGCAUGCGAGGAGGAUGCGGAUGCUGGAGGAGGAGCUGUACCCGUCGACGCCGGGGAAGGUGAAGGUGGAGCGGGCGGGGGCGAUGAGCCGGCACCUGCACCGGUGCUUCGCGUCGACGGGGACCAUGUUCCUGUGGGCGCUGUUCCUGGUGGCCAUGACGGCGACGUACCUCAGCGUCCACUCCUUCGUGGACACGUCGUCGCGGUACUUCGCCGCGUCGUGGGGCGGGCUGCACUGGGAGCGCCAGAUCAGGGCGUCGGCGUCGCCGCGCCGGCCGCCGGGGUCGGCGAAGGGGGCGGGGCUGUCCGUGCUGGUGACCGGCGCGGCGGGGUUCGUGGGCACGCACUGCUCGCUGGCGCUGCGCAAGCGCGGCGACGGCGUCGUGGGCCUGGACAACUUCAACUCCUACUACGACCCGUCGCUCAAAAAGGCGCGCCGCGCGCAGCUGGGCUCCCACGGCGUGUUCAUCGUCGAGGGCGACAUCAACGACGGCCGCCUUCUGGCCAAGCUCUUCGACGUCGUGCCCUUCACCCACGUGCUCCACCUCGCCGCGCAGGCUGGCGUGCGCUACGCCAUGGAGAACCCGGCGUCGUACGUGCACUCCAACAUCGCGGGCCUCGUCUCCCUCCUCGAGGCCUGCAAGGACGCCGACCCGCAGCCGGCCAUCGUCUGGGCGUCCUCCUCCUCGGUGUACGGUCUCAAUGACCGCGUCCCCUUCUCGGAGGCGCACCGCACCGACCAGCCGGCGUCUCUCUACGCCGCCACCAAGAAGGCCGGCGAGGAGAUCACCCACACGUACAACCACAUCUACGGCCUCUCCAUCACCGGUCUCCGCUUCUUCACCGUCUACGGGCCAUGGGGCCGCCCGGACAUGGCCUACUUUUCCUUCACCCGCAACAUCCUCCAGGGGAAGCCCAUAACGGUGUACCGCGGCAGGGACCACGUCGACCUCGCCCGCGACUUCACCUACAUCGACGACAUCGUGCGCGGGUGCCUGGCGUCGCUGGACACGGCUGGCCAGAGCACCGGCACGGGUGGCAAGAAGCGCGGGCCGGCGCCGUACAGGAUCUUCAACCUGGGGAACACGUCGCCGGUGACGGUGCCGAGGCUGGUGUCCAUCCUGGAGAGGUACCUGCGGGUGGAGGCCAAGAAGAACGUAGUCGAGAUGCCCGGCAAUGGCGACGUGCCGUUCACGCACGCCAACAUCAGCCUCGCGCGGGAGCAGCUCGGCUACAAGCCGACCACCAGCCUCGAGAUGGGCUUGAAGAAGUUUGUGAGGUGGUACCUCUCCUACUACGGAUACAACCGGGGAACACACACCUUCAAGAACUUGUGAUUAGUACCUGAUUAGUAAAUAUGAUUUUUUUCGAACUUUUUUUACAUGGCCUGGGUCUUCCACUCUCUGAUCAAAGAUCAAACUGGUUGCUUCUAUUUUGGGAAAAUGCGAGGAAAAAUUCUUUAGUCGGUGAGGAGAGGACGGAAUGGCAGUAGAGCAGUGAAAUGGAGGGGUGAUUCUCUUCAGUUUGUAUUUUAUU